AAAAGAAAAAAAAGCCCAAUCUCAUCCCUCUCUGUCCAAAUUUUCAAUUUCAAUUUCACUGAAUCCCAAAAAGCCACGCCCAAGGCACACACAAGAGCUAGCAAUUGAAAAUGGCGACCCUUCAAGAUAUAGCAGUAUCGGCGGCCAUCAAUAUAUUGUCUGCAUUGGGCUUUCUCGUGGCCUUUGCUCUGAUACGGCUUCAACCGUUCAACGACAGAGUCUACUUUCCCAAAUGGUACCUCAAGGGGAUCAGAGGAAGCCCCACGAGUUCUGGGGCUUUGGUCAAAAAAUUCGUCAACUUGGACGCCAAAACCUACAUCAAGUUUCUCAAUUGGAUGCCGGCGGCAUUGCGGAUGCCUGAGCCAGAGCUCAUUGAACACGCAGGCCUCGAUUCCGCUGCCUACAUUCGGAUUUAUAUACUCGGGUUGAAGAUAUUUGUCCCCAUUACUGCGCUUGCGCUUAUUGUUUUGGUGCCUGUCAAUUAUACCGGAAAUACGCUGGGAAAGACCCGUGAAGUAACAUUCAGCAAUAUCGAUAAGCUCUCAAUAUCCAAUAUUCCUUCCGGAUCUCCCAAGUUUUGGGCACAUAUGGUGAUGUCUUAUGUCUUCUCCUUUUGGACGUGCUUUGUUUUAUACCAUGAAUACAAGACAGUGGCUGCUAAAAGGCUUGCAUUUUUAGCAUCUGAAAAACGCCGUCCAGAUCAAUUUACGGUUCUUGUAAGGAAUGUACCCCCAGAUCCUGAUGAAUCAGUCAGUGAGCAUAUUGAACAUUUCUUCUGCGUAAACCAUCCCGAUCACUACCUUACACAUCAAGUUGUAUACAAUGCAAAUAAACUUGCAGCGGUGGUCGAGAAGAAGAAGAGUUGGAAUAACUGGCUUGUUUACUACCAAACCAGAUAUGAAAGAAACCCUAAGUCAAGGCCUACUACAAAGACAGGUUUCUUGGGCCUGUGGGGACAUAAAGUGGACGCGAUUAAUUACUACAUUGAGGAGAUUGAGAAGAUGAGCCAAGAAGAAAAACAAGAAAGGGAAAAGGUUGUAAGUGAUCCUGAUGCCAUAAUGCCUGCAGCAUUUGUUUCAUUCAGAACUCGAUGGGGAGCAGCUGUAUGUGCUCAAACUCAGCAAUCAAGUAAUCCUAUCGUCUGGUUGACAGAGUGGGCUUCUGAGCCACGCGACGUCUAUUGGAGAAAUCUUGCAAUUCCAUAUGUUGAACUCAAUGUUCGGAAACUACUCAUGGCUGUAGCCUUUUUUUCCCUUACUUUCUUCUUUAUGAUUCCAAUAGCAUUCGUCCAAUCUCUAGCCAACAUUGAGGGGAUUAUGAAGGUCCUUCCUUUCUUGAAGCCACUGCUGGAGAUGAAGCCCGUUAAGUCUGUCAUCCAAGGUUUUCUUCCAGGAAUUGCAUUAAAGAUAUUCCUUGCUAUGCUUCCAAUGAUUCUUAUGCUAAUGUCCAAGAUAGAAGGUUUCACAUCACUCUCAUCUCUGGAUAGGAGGUCUGCUGCGAAGUAUCAUUUGUUCAUACUUAUAAAUGUGUUUCUGGGAAGCAUUGUUACAGGAACAGCACUUCAGCAGCUUGAGAAACUUAUGAACGAGCCCUCAACAGAGUUCACAAAAACUGUUGGGAGGUCCAUUCCAAUGAAAGCCACAUUCUUCAUCACUUAUAUCAUGGUUGAUGGUUGGAGUGGAGUUGCUGCAGAAAUCGUCAGAUUGGUUCCAUUAAUUUUGUUCCACCUUAAGAACACAUUUUUGGUCAAGACAGAAGAAGACAGGGAGCAGGCAAUGGAUCCUGGUUCCCUGAACUUUGCUACAAAUGAACCUAGGACACAGUUAUAUUUUCUGCUGGGGCUUGUGUAUUGCGUUGUCACACCUAUACUUCUUCCUUUCAUUCUUAUCUUCUUCUCUUUCGCCUACCUAGUUUUCCGUCAUCAGAUUAUUAAUGUCUAUGACCAGAAAUAUGAGAGUGCGGCAGCCUUCUGGCCACAAGUGCAUCUGCGGGUAAUUAUUGGCCUAAUCAUAUCCCAAAUUCUUCUAAUGGGGCUAUUUAGCACAUUAGGUGUUGCAAAAUCAACAUUUAUUCUCGUUGCACAGCCUGUUUUGACAAUCUGGUUCCAUAGAGUCUGCAAGGGACGUUUCGAAUCAGCAUUCCUUAAAUUCCCAUUGCAGGAAGCAAUGGUGAAGGAUACAGUUGAAAAGGCAACAGAACCAAACCUGAAUUUGAUGAACUAUCUUAAGGAUGCUUAUGUACAUCCUGUGUUCAAGGGAGGGCAGUCGCAGAAACAUGAAGACCCUGAUGAAGAAGACAGCAGCCCUCUUGUUCCCACAAAGAGAACAUCCCAAAUGGGAAGCAAACAUGAGUCUGACGUCAGUUCUGAAGCUAAAAUUUGAUAUAUCUGACAUCUUAUCUUAGGAUUAAAAGCCCCUUCUUCUUCUAGUGUUUAUUAAUUUCCCUUUAAAUGUUGUUACUUAGUUUUGACCUUGUAAAUGCACCAGGAAGAACAUUGAUUUAUACUCUAGUAAUCAUUCUGUUGACAA